CGCGUUCAACUUCUACUAGGUAUUCUUAUCGCAUCGUAUCAUCCCAUACGUUCAUUAAUUUAAUGAAUUAAAUUGAUCAAUUUCUUUUCUUCAAUUUCUUCUGCCAUUCUUCCUUCAAUUGAGUUCUGUACUGUACUGUGUUGUGUCGUAUCGGAUCGUAUUGUGACUUCUGAAUUAAGUCAAUAAAGUUACACGGCUUCAGGACUUCGAUACCACCUUCGUGAUCUUCCCACCUUUCCAUCUAUCCACCUCCACCUCACAACUUUUCAAUUCUCCCCCUCAACAUUCAAACAUGUCUUCCGCAGAUGAUUAUCCCCUCGCGCCAGAUAGCACCGCACUGGGCUCCAAUCCCGCCGAUAUCGAAAUGGGCGACCCCAAUCCCAGCGCCGUCAUAAUCGAAAUCGACGCGUCUGCCGGCACCGAAACCAACACCCACGUCUCCAACGAAGGCGACAACGAUGCCUCGGGCCCUGAUCUCCAAGAGACAGCCAUGGAAGAUAUUCCCGCGCGCGUUACCUAUAUCGAUUACCUCAAGAGUCCCAUGAUCGCAUUGUUAGUCGGCCAAGGCGACGAACAAGCACUCUUGCAUGCACAUCAAGCUCUUCUCUGCAAAUCCCCCUGGUUCGCCGAAGCCUGCGGAAAAUUCAGCAACGACGUCAGCGAGCGCCGCAUCGAUCUCGUCGACGAGGAUCUCGACGCCGUCGGCUGUUUUCUCGAAUACCUGUACACGAAUGAUUACUUCCCGCGCAAGAUCCCCGGGUCGCGCGAUCUGGAAACGGAUCCCGCGAUGCCGGAUGUCGACGAGAGCGGGGAUCAAUUACUCAAACAUGCGCGUGUGUAUACGCUGGCGGAAAUGCUGCAGCUUCCGAGUUUGAAGAGUUUGGCGAGUAGCAAGAUUCAUUGUGUCAAUAGCACCGCGAAGGGAGAGAUUGCAUAUGCGAGAUAUGUGUAUGCGCAUACGCAAAAGGAUGAUCAGACGAUUAGGGCGCCGGUGGCGAAUUUCUGGGCGACGAGGAGUCAUACUUUGAGAAGUGAGGCGGAAACGGAGUUUAGGGAGAUGUGUUUGGAGUUCCCGCAGUUUGGUUAUGAUGUCUUGACACGUGUCCUGGACGAAAAACUCAAGAGAGAAAAGAACGACAAGAUGCAUCCAUCGCACGGUACACCUGGCAGUUCUCGAAAAAGACCCCGUCAAAGUGGGAUUUGAUUAGUGAACGAAGCAUUGGGCUGAAUGGACUUAUGUUGGCAUGUAAUAUCUUACUUGAAGCAAUUGUAUCACUUUGUAUUGUAUUGCAUUGCAUUGCAUCGUCUCUUCAUUUGUAUUUGACUGCGCUAUAGCUAUAUGACAUGGUAUGCUAUGGUAUGAUGAAUGAAUGGAUCAAUGGAUGGAUCGUAUCCAAAUGAGCACAACCGAGCAUUUGCUAUGGAAAUGAGACUCACCAACUCUACCUACCAUAAUAUCCCAAACAGAAAACAGAUGAUCCAAUAAGCGAGAAAGGAGUAUAGCAAUAAAAGGAGUAAAGGAAAUCAAUCAAUCAGUUAUUCAUUAGUCGUGUAAUGGUAAUCGUUCAAAU